AUGUGCUAAAAAAAGAGUGCAUAGAUCACACUCAAAAAAGAAUGGGUACACGUUUGAGAAAUUUGGUAAAAAAAACUAAAGGACUGAGCGGUAGAGGAAAGUUGACUGGUAAAUUGAUCGAUAAGUUAUCAAUAUACUACGGUCUUGCAAUCAGACGUCAUUGUAAUUCUAUUGAAGAAAUGAAGAAAGCUAUUUGGGCGACGUUAUACCACAACAUAUCUACUGACCAGAAGCCUCAGCACCACUUGUGCCCGGAAGGUGAGAAGUCGUGGUGCUCUUGGCAAUCAACAAAAGCGACGGCCGGAGAUCUACAAAAUUAUAAACAUAAAACGCCUAUGCCAAUUGAGGUAUUUGAAGCUGUGAAGCCAAUAUACGAAGAAUUGAGUAGAGAUGAACUUCUCACUCGUUGCUUAGGUGGAUAUACACAGAACUCCAACGAAAGCUUUAAUGCGCUCGUGUGGUCCAUGGCCCCUAAGAACAUUUCUAGUGGCAAAAUCGUCCUCGAUACAGCUGUAUUUCUUGCUGUUUUAUAUUUCAAUGAUGGCUACAAUGGAGUUUUCAAAGUUAUGGAGCAAUUGGGCAUCACAAUUGGAGAAAAAUGCUACAAUUUCUGCUCGGAAGCCGAUGCUGUCCGUAUCUCGCUUUCCGAGCGCUCCCUCACUGAAGAGGCUAAAGCUGCCCGUAAAGAUGCAACUUCAUCCAGAAAAGAUGAGGACCAAGAGAAUCUUCAUUUGGAAGGCCAAUUGUAUGGAGCAGGCAUUGCAGAUUGAAGAUCAAAAAUUGUGACCUGUACAUGUACGCCAAUGCGGAUGUAUAAAAAAAAACGGCUUUUUUUCAGUGUGCUUCCACGCCGGCAUUUUAUAUUUAAAAAAUUCAAUAAAAUAUGUUUUUUAUACCUAAAGACUAGUACUUUCAUUAGUGCA